AUGGACGAUUUCACUCGAAAUCUUUAUUUUGAUAUAAAUAACGACCCAGAUAAAGGACUCAGUGUUGAUUCUGCAAAUUAUGAAGAGAGAAUCCUUGCAAGACGAAUCAGAAUUGCUGAAAGAAUAGCUUCCCAACAACCUGGCUACUUUGACGAAAAACUCUCCAACGCCGAUUCAGAGGAUGAUGGAUUAAUCAAAGCACAAAUUACAGAGAGUGUACGAAGCAUUGCCAACCAAUUCCAGAAUAGCAAUGACUUUAUUACCAACAUCAGAGUAGCCUGUGAUGCAAGAGAAAGCCUUCGACGCACCGAAGAGGAGAAAUUGGACAGUGAAAGAGAUGCCAAAUUUGAAUCUACUCGAAGUACUACCGAGAAGCUUUUCGAGGAAGCCCAAAGUAAAUGGAAAUUCGCCGACUACACCGUAGAACCCCACGAUCUUCGUAAUGUGAGAUAA